AUGAGCAAAAUCCGAUUAAUCUUAUGGGUGCACACGUUCUUCCAGUACUCCGUUGUUCACGCGCAAAACUCAGAGAAUAAUGACGACAUCAACUUCGAGCCGGUUCAAGCGAGAAUUCCUCAGAACUUGCUCAAGAGCUACGAAAUCACUGUCAACUUCCGGGCCCAAUUCUUCGCAAGCUACUAUUCAAGUGUUUAUUCAACGAUUGGAAUCGUUCCAGCCCUAACUAAAGUGGAGGGUCCCGAUGGAGGAAACUCGUCGUUCUCCGCAUCUAUUGACGAAACCACACCUGUAACGGUCUUUUUCUCUGUCCCAGCUCGAUCGGCAUCGAUCGCCAAUUUGGCGAAAUUGAGGGAUCUUACCGCCAUGGAACGGGAAUUUACAAGGAACUCUCUUGUUUCCGAAUUCAUCCUCCCAAGCGUACUGGGCAAUCAGCCCCUAGAGCCGCAGAUUGUUGGCGACAGCGUUUGCCCGAGCAUUGAUUGUCCGCGGUAUCAGACGUGCACGGAGCCCGAAGGCCAGCUGAUAGCAAUAGCUUACUGCGAGUCGAUUUGUGUAGCCGAUUACUGCAAAAACGAUGCUAUUUUCCUUAAAUUAGACAACGACAGCACUUGGUUUUUCGGAGCGCAGUGUCAAUAUCGCCUCGACGAUUGGGCUCUGUAUCUGAUACUCAUCAGUAUAACUUUCCUCACGAUUCUUGCUCUGGUUUUGAUUAUUUGGCUGAUGUGCCUUCGUUGUCGUCAAAAACGCGACAAUCAAGGGACUUACAAACCAAGAGAUUCAAUGGUUCCAGCUCCUUCUAGCGUCGAUGUUUAUCCUUCUGUCCUUUCUAGCGCAAGCAAACAGUCCUGCUGUGAGUAUAAUCAAAUUUCUCACGAGAAUCCGGCGUUUACCACUCAGCAAAGAGAUAGCGGCAUUUCUGCCGAAUCUCCCGUCUCUUUUAAUUUCAAGGAAGCACAAGUCCAGGCUGACAUUCAGACUAACUCUUCCUCGGUAUAUUCAGUAUCCACCGCAGUUGCUCAUCAAGUGCGGACUCCGCGUCCUGGUUGGGUUCCAUCCCUUGGCCCUGCGUGGGGAGAAAUUAUUCAAAAGAAAACUAGUUCGCCCGAAGUCACUCCUCUAGAUACGUCAGUCUAG